CCGUCAUUUGCAUUCUCCAUUACUACUACGCCUAUCUUACUCUGAAUCACCACUUCACCACUAGAGCUUUAAUUAGUUUCCGGCGAUCCAGAAAUGGCUUCUCUGACAGCAUCCACUGCGGCUGCCUCGCUUGGUGUGUCGGAAAUGCUCGGAAACCCUCUCAAUUUCAGUGGUGCCGCCAGGGCAUCAGCUCCAACGGCCUCUAGCCCGGCCACCUUCAAGACUGUUGCUCUUUUCUCCAGGAAGAAGGCUGCACCGCCUCCCAAGUCAAAGCCUGCUGCUGUUUCUUCGGUCGACGAGGAGCUCGCCAAGUGGUAUGGUCCUGACAGAAGAAUUUUCUUACCGGAGGGCCUCUUGGACCGAUCCGAGAUCCCGGAGUACUUGACAGGAGAAGUUCCAGGAGACUAUGGUUAUGAUCCUUUUGGGCUUAGCAAGAAGCCAGAGGACUUCAGCAAAUAUCAGGCGUAUGAGUUGAUUCACGGCCGCUGGGCAAUGCUUGGUGCGGCCGGAUUCAUUAUCCCAGAGGCCUUCAACAAAUUUGGUGCUAACUGUGGCCCUGAGGCUGUCUGGUUCAAGACAGGAGCACUACUCCUUGAUGGGAACACCUUGAAUUACUUUGGGAAGAACAUCCCCAUCAAUCUUGUUCUUGCUGUCGUUGCUGAGGUUGUUCUUGUUGGUGGUGCAGAGUACUACAGAAUUAUCAAUGGCUUGGAUUUGGACGACAAGCUUCACCCAGGUGGACCUUUUGAUCCACUGGGGCUUGCAAACGACCCUGACCAGGCUGCAAUUCUAAAGGUGAAGGAGAUUAAGAAUGGCAGACUUGCAAUGUUUUCUAUGUUGGGUUUCUUCAUUCAAGCUUAUGUCACCGGAGAAGGUCCAGUGGAAAACCUUGCAAAACAUCUCAGUGAUCCUUUUGGCAACAACUUGCUCACAGUCAUAGCUGGAUCUGCGGAAAGAGCUCCAACCCUGUGAUUUGAAGCCUCCUCCUCCUCUCCAUUAAGAAUCGUAAAUGUGCAUUGUACAUGUCAAUGAGACGUUCUUAAGGCAUUUGACUUCCAUCCGUGAAAUUGAAAGUCCCACUGUUUUAAUUUACAGAGACCUAGCACUAUUCAGUAUUCACCUAUGGUUAUAACAUGAAAACUAUUUUCUCCAAGCCA